UUACUCAUCUGACCAGCUGGAGGCACCACUGUGCUGCUGUCAGCGCUGCUCUACCGCCGCGCCACGGAAGAAGAAGAAGAAGCUCAUUGCAUGCCUGUCUGUGACGAUGGCCGCCGCCUUGAGAGGAAGCUUAGCAACAUUGUUCAAGGGCGUGGGGGGCCCACGAUGGCAGCAGCUGGCCUCUCGACCACUGAGUGUGUCGGCUGCUCUCUGUAGUCCAGAAUCCCCACCUGCUCGUGCUGAUGCUACCUUCAAGGUUACAAUGGUGCCUGGGGAUGGAGUGGGACCUGAGCUGAUGACUGCUGUCAAGGACGUCUUUAAGGCAGGUGAUGUCCCAGUAGAAUUUGAGGAGUUCCACCUGAGUGAGGUACAGAACAUGGCCAGUGAGGAGAAACUGGAUCAAGUCUUGUCGUCCAUGAUGAACAACAAAGUGGCCAUUAAAGGGAAGAUUCACACCCCCAUGGAGUUCAAAGGGGAACUGGCUUCGUAUGAGAUGAGACUGAGGCGUAAACUGGACCUGUUUGCUAAUGUGGUUCAUGUGAACAGCCUGCCGGGCUACAGCACUCGCCACAACAACCUGGACCUGGUCAUCAUCCGCGAACAGACGGAGGGGGAGUACAGCUCCCUGGAGCAUGAGAGCGUGACAGGUGUGAUCGAAUGUUUAAAGAUCAUCACCAGGCAGAAGUCGCGGCGCAUCGCCAAGUUCGCCUUUGAUUAUGCCACCAAGAAGGGGCGCAACAAGGUCACCGCAGUCCACAAAGCCAACAUCAUGAAAUUGGGUGAUGGCCUGUUUCUGCAGAGCUGUGCGGAGAUUGCAGAGCUGUACCCCAAAAUCAAAUACGAGAACAUAAUCAUCGAUAACUGCUGCAUGCAGCUGGUUCAGAAUCCAUACCAGUUUGACGUGCUGGUGAUGCCCAACCUGUACGGUAACAUUAUAGAUAACCUGGCAGCAGGGCUUGUUGGAGGAGCUGGUGUUGUUCCUGGGGAAAGCUACAGUGCGGAGUAUGCUGUGUUUGAGACUGGCGCACGCCACCCUUUUGCACAAGCUGUAGGGAGGAACAUUGCCAACCCCACAGCCAUGCUGCUCAGUGCUGCUAACAUGCUCAGACACCUCAACCUUGAAUACCAUUCCCAGAUGGUGUCGGAUGCUGUCAAGAGGGUCAUCAAACAGGGCAAGGUACGGACACGAGACCUUGGCGGGUACUCUACCACCGGCGACUUUGUGCGUGCUGUUGUGGAAAACCUACGUCACCAACCUGUUUAUUAAGAUGUUGUCGCCAUCACACUCCUCACUGACAUUUCCUUACCUGUGGACAUUGUUCUUAACAUGAACUGGACGCAUGUUAAGACUCAUCUUCCCUUUUCAAAAAAAAAAAAAAUACCAUCACUUGCAUCCCUCAUUUUAGUGGAUUAUAUCAGCUGAUGGAUCCAGAUGAACUAGUGGUGACAUGUGUUAUUGCUAUUUUUUAAAAAAAAUGAUAAAUAUAUUUAAGAGGCUCAUGAGGUUUCCUCUCAGGGGGUUAUCUGUCAUACAGCACCAUCUAUCCAUGGACAGCCUUCUUCCUUCAUAGUUACAUGCUUUUGCAUUUUUAUACAUUCUGGGAGACUUUUAUUUAUCCACCUCUUUCCAUGUGCAUCAUGCUUAAUUAUAAAUGCUCUUUAGGCAAUGUUUUCCAUCUAAGCUACCUCUUUAUGACAUAUUACCUGCUGGGUUAACUGAUCACGUGUAGAAGCCACCAAAGCUAAGAACUGGGUAACUUAAUGAAGGAAGGAACUGUAAAGGCACAGUGAAAGGGUGACACUUUUGGGAAUAUCAACAUUUUUCUCAGACAUGUUGUGACAAGUUAUGAAGUGCUAUAGGACUACAUGACAAAACAUUGACUUAGCAUUUGUGAGCCAACAUGUACCACUACAAUCAGUUUCUAUCAAAUAGUGUUUUCAAGACUGAAUGCAACUGAAACUCAAUAUAGAGUAUAACAUUUCUGACCUACGUUCACCAGCCAGUUGAUUAGUUUUAUCAGUUUCAUGCUGGUGACAAUUAAUAAGUUCUAGUAUCACAGUCCUGCACUAAACCUUAUCUCGUAAAGGUGAUGUUAUUCAGCAUCUGUUCAAAAUAACAGAGAGAGAUAUUUGUUCUAUUGAACCGUAUACCGACACACGUUCCUGUUAGUGAGUGGGCUAGGCUGAAUAACAAAACACUUGACAUCUAAUUCAGGGCAUCCUCCAGAAUGAUCAUGGAGUUGAAUCACCCUGAACAGAAAGGUCAUGAGCAGGGAUUUAGUGCAGGCCUGUCGCGUUAGAGUGCGUCUGCAAGUGAACGUUGGCGACAGUUUUAAAACAACCUUCAUUCUGUCGUGCGUUGACAUGCAUGAACCAGUCCUCUGUUCAUUGUCACUGGAGUGUUGCGCACAAUCCAGUCCGGGUUGAUUUAUGAAUGAACGAAUGAAUGAAUGCACUGUAGUGAACUGGUUAAACUGGUCGUAAUGACCUUUGUGAGAACUUAAAACACGGCUGUGUUAUCGUUUGAUCUGUCGGGAUUUUUAUACUGUUUUGCAUCGGUUUGAAAAUGAAUUCAUGUUUGCUACAAGAUCCACCUAAAGUAAUAAAAAAGUAAUUAAGUA